UAAGUAGUAGCGAUUCAAAAGGGUUUCUGUGAGGACUGUUAUGAAAUUAGACUUAAACAGGACAUUGUCAAGAGUAGGAUGGUCAGAUCCCUUUACUUCUGGUUUUAUUUUAUCUGCUUGCAAAUUCAAUAUUAAUAGAUACUUUUUCAAACAGAAAUCAAUGAUGUCUUCUGAAAAUGUAACUAACAAACGUCAUCAUAACCCAGUGGACAGCAUUUGCCGAAAGAUCAAGACUAUCCAGAUGAUGGACCAAGUCUCUAAUCCUUCUUUACAGAUCCCAAAGUUUCAGUCUAGGAACUUUGACAGCCCACAGACUAAUAUCAAGAAAAACUUAGAGGAGAUAUUGAAGAAAAGGACCUUUAAAAGUCAUGAGACUAGUGGGCCAUAUUUCCUAAGCCCCAGUAGUGACAAAAUUUUCUCUCCAUGUCCGCAGGCCACAGGCCACAGACAAUGGAUGUCUGACUUCCACACUGGCAAUGCAACCUAUUCAAUUGGUAAAAAUAAAGAGAAGAUGAGAGAGCCCUGGCUACCAAUGGGCCAAAUUGAGAGUUCUCCACCCCUUCUCAAAACUGGAGAGGCUAACAUCCGUAUGGGUCAACUAUCUGCAGCUUCCAAUGUCGAAUGUAAAAACUUGACUUGUGAGGAUAACUACCUUACAUCAAGUCCAAACUUGCCUUUCUUAACGACGGUCCAAAAGGCAGAAUGUUUUGCCUUCCAAUCUCCAGUGGUGAAGAGACUAUCUUUGAGCGAAAGAGGAUGGAGACUAUCAUGGGCGAAUAAUGCUGACAACACCUAUGAUGUAAGCUUGAUCUGCGAAGAAGACUUGUUGACCACUAUCUUCUAUGCAUGUGACACAGAACGCAGAGGAAAAGUAGCCGUUUCCAAGAUAGUUGAUUAUCUGAGACAUACAACUAGCCGGGGGUCAGAAGACAGUGGUCUUGAAGAGCUGUGCAACAUGCUUGAUCCUGAUAAAAGGGACAUCUCAAUGGACCUGGAAACAUACCAUGCUAUCAUGAAAGAGUGGAUUGAAGACUGUAAAAGAAAAUGGGAAGAUACCACUAAGGAGACGACAAAUACAGAAGAUUCUGUGUUUAAAUUGCAUGAGAGCAUUCUAACAGCAAAAAAGACUCCUGCUAGGAUAAACAUUACAUCAGGAAGUUUAGAGGCCUUAGGUGGAGAUGUGUCCAAAGGAGACCUGGAGACAUCUGACUUGAUUACCUGUGUAGCAGACCUUCAGUUCAAGAAUCAGAAACUUCAAGAGGAGAACAGCAAACUAAAGAUGGCAGUUGAAGCAUUGGAGGAAACCAAUAAUAGGCUAAUGGAGGACAAUGAGGAUCUAAAUAAUCAAGUAAAAAGUGCCCAGCAGUCUGUUAUGAGAGCAAAAUCAUUAAAGGAGGAACUGGAAGAAAUGAAAAUUAGCCUGAACAUCUCAGAAGAGAAGAGAUGCAAUAUUGUGACCCAGCAUAAACAGCUAGAAAAAGAGAAUCAAUCUCUCAUCAUCAAGAUUUCUUCUCUUCAGGAAGAGAAUAUUAGGAACACCUUGGAUACAGAUGGCCUUCAGAAGAAGAUUGUGGAGUUGUCAAAAAAUGCAGCUGAGCUCCAAAUGCGAGUGCACAUUUAUGAGAACACUGUGGUGAAUAAAGAUGCAAGUCUAUUGAAGAGAGACUUGGACAUCCAAGAACUGAAGUCUACCAUUGUGGAAUACUCUUCUGUAAUCGAGACAUUACGGGUGGAAAAAAAUAAACUGGUGAAUGAUAUGCAACAAAUGCAGCAAGAGCUGAUUUCAAAUGGUAUAGACUUCCCACUGAUAUACAAAUUUAACAGCAACAUCCUUGAAGGGACAAAUUCAUUGCACAGUGAAUUGGCACUUGCUCAACAAUCUAUAGAGAUCACUGGAAUUGAAUGGGCAGCUUUGGACGAAACAUUGGACCGAGAGGUGCUGUUGUUACUGCAAGGGCCUGAACAAAUGGGAGAAAACUUUAAGGCUACCACCCAAAAACUGCAAAAGGAAGCCUCUGAAGUGGAGGAACUUCUUGUGACCGCUUUGCAAUGGGUAGCAGAUCCUGAGGUGAAUUUGAGGGAGACUUGUGAAAGACAGCUUGCGGACCUCAAGCAAGUGCUAGAAGAGAAGAUAAAUCACUGGAUUAAAAAGCUCCAUCUCUUAGAAGAACACAGAGAAUCCUUGGAUAAAGAGUAUGUUAGAAUGGCAGGAAAUCUGAGGAGAAUAAGAACAGAGCAGCUUCACUUCAGGAAAGAGCUCUCUUCCAGGCAUAUUUUUCUGAACUGUGAGGGACAGCUUGUGUCCUGCACUCUUGCCCCCUGCAGACAACACGAGCUAGAAGCUGUCAAACAGUUGAAAGAAGAAGCUGUCAGUCAGGCAGAUGUUCUUGGCUUGCAUCUCCAAGAAGCUACUAAACAGUUGGAGGACGUCUGCAAACAGGUUACAGAUCGAGAUGGGGUACUUCAUUCUGCCAGGGAAGAAGCCACAUAUUUGCGAAGUGUGUUAGAGGAAGCCAUUUCUGAGCAGAGAACCCUUCAGGCUAUGAAUACGGCUUUAAUGAGCUCUUGCCAGACACUUCAGGAAAAAGAUAAAGAGCAGAAAACCACUGUUAACACACUGAGAGAGAAACUGUUUAAGGGGAAACUUUGUGGAUUGCUGUGUCAGCACCUUUGCUCCUUCAAAAGAUUUGGGGGCCAAGAAGUGGGUCAGAGCACUGGACUUCCCCAGACACCCUCUUUGAGAUACUCAUGCUGGUAUUCUACACCUCUGCUAGAUGCUCUGGCCUUGGAAAUCCUACAGCUGAAUCCAAGAGUGUGCAGAAGCUGUGAUCUCACAUGUGCAGAAACCAGAGCUCACUCUAUAUUUGAAAGAGAGGAUCUGAAAAAUGGGCCUACUUUGGACGUGACACUGGAGGCACACAGGUGGGAGAUACGCUCUGUUGGUAACCAGACUGACGCAGAUUUUGUUGCCUCCCCUACUACAAUGGACACUCUAUUUGCUGAGGAGAGCGAUGCUUUGCCUUUGACAUCUGAUACUCCAGUCUUGCCCAGUGACCAUUCAACACCAUCCCAAGAAGGAGCUAUUGCAUCUUCUUUGGAGAGCGCUAUAGCAACUGAAUUGCUCACCAUGGAGACACAAUUGUCUGAGGCUUCAUGGGCAAAAGAUGAAGACUCAUCAACCUGUAUAGCAAUGAAGAAAAAUAAAGAUAAGGAUCUGAAUGAUAAUGUAUCAGGUACUGAUCUAACGACUAAAAGUGAAUUUUGCCCCAUCAUGGAAAAUCACAAAACGACACCUAAAAAAGAAUUAAGGCUAGAUCUGGAUACAGAUGGGGAAAUGGAAGCUAUUAAAGAGCAGAGUGAACAAGUGUCUGCUUCAGUUUCUGGUAGAAAAGGGAAUUCUUCUCCCACUCUGACUGGCCUUAACAUGACCAAAACCAAACAAAAUGACAAUGUUUCUCCUAAUGAGAAGGAGAUGGAGGCAGAGUUUCUCAGAUUGUCUCUGGGCUUUAAAUGUGAUUUGUUCACCUUGGAUAAGCGAGUGAGGCUUGAAGAAAGGUCCCGAGAUUUGGCUGAAGAAAACUUGAAAAAGGAAAUCAUGAAUGGGCUGAAGCUGCUGGAGUCUCUAGCACCUUUGUGUGAUGAAGAUUACCAAGCACAGGAGAUCGUUAAGAAGCUGCAGGAAAGCUUGCAGUUCCUUAGCCAGUAUGCUGCCAGACUUGCUAGUAGAGCAGAAAUGUUGGGAGCCAUUAAUCAGGAGAGCCGUGUCAGUAAGGCAGUAGAAGUGAUGAUUCAACAUGUGGAAAACUUGAAACGCAUGUAUACAAAAGAGCAUGCAGAACUUGAGGAGUUGAAACAGGUCUUGCUACAAAAUGAAAGAUGCUUUAAUUCCUUUGGAGAUCAAGAUGAAUCUACAAAUAAAAAGCUUCCAAGUUCUCUCAACUUCAAGCCACCAUCAUCCUUACGAAGAGUCAGUAUUGCAGCAUUGCCCAGGAAUAUUGGAAAUGCUGGUAGUGGUUUGCCACUGGUAAGUAAUGGAUUGUCAAAGGGUGAUUGUUUUCAUUCUCAAACUGGUCAGUUUGCAUUUUACCUUUCUUUACAGGCCCAAUUAUAUGGAACUGAUGGAAAUGAAAGAAGUGACAAAUUCAACAGACGAUCAAGCAGUUGGGGCCGACUGGGAACAAAACAAAAUGAGAAGCGUCCUUCACUGCGACGAUUCAUUAGCACAUAUUCCUGGACAGAGUCUGAGGAAGAAAAGUCUGAAACAAAAACCAAACAGGCAGAACCACCAGUUGAAGAAAUACAAGAAGACAAAGCAAGGAAGUUAAGUGUUACUGAUGGGGGGAAAAAUCCAUCAAAAUGGAGUCUAGGAUCAGCUUGCAACAUCAUGUCAUCGUGGGCAUCUCAUCUGAAGAUAUCCUUCUCCAAGGCUAACAAAACUCUCUGGAUUUCUCUUACCAUCAUUGUACUCCUUGCUGCACUCACAAGCUUCCUCACAGGUCUCUCUCUCCAAAGACCUGCAGAUGCUGCCCCUGUGGGAACUGGGAGUUCCUGGACAUCACUACAACAACUGCUGUGGCCAUAUACUAAACUUCAACACAAUGGACCACCACCAGUAUAACACACAAUCUGUAUUUUAAUUUGUAAAAUCUUUUUUUCCCCUCCCCUGGACUUCCUGUUUGACUCAAUUUGUGUUUAUAUAAACUAGUGUAAACAUAGCUCUCAAGUCUAGAAUUACUUUUGACUUUCUAAUAUGAGUUGAGGUAGUAUAUUUAAAAUCCCUUAUUUUGAAGCUUUUUAGACUAUACUUGCAUUUCCAAAUCAUAACUUUCAAUGGUAAAACAUUUUAAAGCAACUUCCCUCUCUGACAAUAGAAGACUAUCUUCCCAAAUGUCUUAAUCCUGUUUUGAGAUUAGAACAACUUAAAAAAUAGCUGUCUCUCCUUUUUGAAGCUUGUAAUAAAUGGGUCUAAAUGUAUAGUUACUAGAAAGUAAAGAAUUUUAUUCACAAACUUUUUUUAAUGCAUUUUUAGGCAUUUAAAAAGCUGUUUUGAUUUGCAUGUGAAACAGACAUCAAAUGUAAUUUUAUUGACCAAGUUCUUGAUGCUCAAUAAAGUUAAUUUAAAAUAUUUGCUUAAGAGUAUGUCAACACUCUAGUAGCAAUGAGCAAUUGGUAUACAGUAUCAAUAAAUAGGCAACUGCCUUUCUUUACUUUUUCAAUUGCUUCUUCACUGGCAAAAUCUUUGAUCAGAUGGUAGAGAGUAGAAUGAAAUUCAGUAUUGUUUGCUAGAUCUUCUGAGAAGGCUUCGCUAGUUUCACUGAUUAUGAGCCUUUGUGCUCGCUGACCAUUAAACAUAUAAAGGGACCAGUCUUCAUCUUUAACAGCAUCGGUUUUAAGGUGUUCGCUCACCU